AGUCACUAUAUCUAGUCUCCCACAGUACACACAACAUGGAAGUGCAAUUAUUUUAGUAAAUAUAAACUGCUAAAUACCUUUUACAUGUUAUUCUUGUGACUUCAGCAGAGCACUGGUUAAAGCUUGCAAGAGGAGUUUUCAUUUUGCUCUAGAUGGAUGCAGAACCCCUGACCUCUGUCUGGACAAUGCUGAUUGGCCCUGUGCUGAUCACAUGCACUCUCCCAAGAAAGAAAAAAAAAAAAACCUCUCUAGGAAUACACACCAAACUGAGUAUGUGCAGUGACUCCACACAAUACAAUAUGUCUUAUCGGGAGAUAAGAGGGGGAUACUGGAAGAAGGGGAGGAUCAGAGAAGACAAGAUAAAAAACCGCAUUUUUAAACAAUGCAGAUGAUUAACCCCUUAGAUCCCACAGUGAGUAUAACACGCAUGAUUUACUGCAUAUACAGACUGAUUUUACUGUUGUGGGUUUAG